GAAAUUAGUGUGUUGUUCCUCAUUUGAGUGGCAACAAAAAAAUCUCGGAACCAUUUCCCUCGUGUUUCUUUGAAGUCCGGAUUAAUAAACAAUAAUGAACCAAGAGAAAUUAAACAAACUUCAGGCCCAAGUGAGAAUCGGGGGAAAAGGAACAGCCAGGAGGAAGAAGAAGGUUGUGCACCGAACAGCUACGACAGAUGAUAAAAAAUUACAGAGUUCACUCAAAAAACUAGCUGUUAGUAAUAUUCCUGGUAUUGAGGAAGUAAAUAUGAUCAAAGAUGAUGGCACAGUAAUUCACUUUAACAAUCCCAAAGUUCAAGCUUCUUUGGCAGCAAAUACUUUUGCAAUAACUGGUCAUGCAGAGCCUAAACAAAUUACAGAAAUGCUCCCUGGCAUUUUGAAUCAGUUGGGAACUGAAAGCCUCACACAUUUAAAGCGACUUGCAACCAUACAGAAUGCAGCAGGCCCUGUUACAGAACCAGUGUUUACUGGUGCAGAUGAUGAGGAAGAGGAGGAGGAAGUUCCAAAUUUGGUGGAGAACUUCGAUGAACCAUCUAAGGCAGAAGGUGUGUAAUUGUAAAAAAAAUCAAGAAAAUAUGUACUAACAACUUCUAAUUUUAUUGAGUGAUGGUUCUUGGAUAUCAUGAACCUUGUUAUUGAAAUUCAUGUUUCAAAAUGUGUGUAGUAAAUUCAUGUUUGUAUAAUGUUUGGACCUGUUGUUUUAUUGUGACUGCCAGUACAAGUUCCAUGCUGUCAGUCGAAUCAAAAGACAUGCGACUGAUCUAUGCAAAAUGAAUUGAAACAAAUAAAAUAUGUUUUUGCUUUUGA